ACAGUUCCUUCUCCAUUUCCAUCUCAUUACUAUUCUCACAACUAGGCCUUCUAUCAACAACAUCAACACCAAAAUACUGUUUGACAACAACUCCUUUUGAAAUGACACAAGACCCACAACCAACAUCUCAGCCAACUACUAUCUCUACAAGUAAUGACAAGCUCCAUCCACCAUCAACAUCAACAACACAACUCCAUCAUCCAACAGAGAGCCAUACUAAAAAAGAUGCAGAUAACGAAUCCAAUAAAUCAUCUACUAAGAGCAGUUUCAGAAGAAAGCAAAAACAACGAGGCUGCUUAUGUUUCCGAGGAGGGAAAGCAAUUAAAGUGAACACUUGUUGUGGUGUUUUGGAAUUGUCUUGGAUCAAAGUAUUGGCCAUUGUUGGUAUGGCUCUUAAUUCCUUCACAUUUCUUGUAUUAUUGGCCUUGUUAAUUUUCAGUCAAAACUCAAAUGCAGCCACUAAUAUUGAUCUCUUAGCAAUAAGAAGUGAUUUAUAUCUGUAUACAGCUUGGGUGGAUGCUUAUACACUUGUUGCUGCCUAUUCCCAAAAUAAGACCUAUUUGAACUAUUACUACAAUUACCGUGAUACCCUUAACACCUUGAAAGAUGAACUUGUUUCAAAAUUACCCUCCACUCUAGUGUCUCAACUCAAUUCAACAGAAAGUUAUCAAUAUUCUACAUAUUUAGAAGCUGCUGAUACCCUGGCUGUGAAUAUGAUGGAGAAUGGAAACUAUUCGGGUGCUGUUUCUGUACUCACAUCUGGAUUCUACUAUGCUACAAAGUUAAAAUAUAGAAAUUUGCUGGAUAUUAUUCUCAAAUAUAUUCUGGAUUCGCAAACAGAGGCAGAAAAUUUAUCGGAUGCAGCUGUCAUUUCUUCACUGGUCAUUAUAAUGUGUAGCUGUUGCAGUGACAGUCCCUGCCAUUCUGUUCAUCUUUGCAUUCGCUAUCAAUAGAGAAGCAUUAAUGGCACAAAGAUAUAAAAAGGCAAGAGCUGUUGAAUUGAUGGAUACAAUGAGUAAUGAAAAAUUGAGAGCUCUCUUCCAAAAACACUGUAUUAAGGAAUUGAAUAAUGAAAACUUUGAAUUUUUGGAAAAAGUUAAUGAAUAUAAGAGAUUGGUAGAACAUCAAAUUGAGUUGGUUCAAUUAUUGAGUGAUGGAGAUUCAAUCCAUUCCAAUGAAUUAACUCAAUCUAGUUCCAAUGUCUCAAGUAGUCAAAUAAGUGCUGCCGAAGAACCCACUACAGCCAAUACAAACACCAACAAUUCAUCAGAUUCUAAAAAGAAGAAGCAUACAAUGACAUCAGUCAAGUCCAUUUCUGAUUUGGAAAAUGAGUUGGAAGAAAUUGAAGGAAAAAAGUUUGCACUUGCCACUGAAAUUUACAAUAACUUCCUCGAUUUGAAAGGACCAAAGACUGUCAACACCACCAAAUCCCAUGCUGAUAAGGUAAAGAUUGAAUUGGAGUAUUUCAAGAGCAAGCAAAUUCAUUCCUUGUCCGAUGAUUUGUUCACAUCUUUGGAGAGUGAAAUUUCCAUAGUCCUUCUCGAUUCACAUUAUAGAUUUAAAGAAUCGAUGGAAUUUUUGAAGGAAAUGAGAGUGAAGAGAAUUAAAGAUAUCAAUGAAAAGAAGAAGAUUAAAUCCAAUCAACACCACGAUCAACACCAUCAUCACAAUAAUGGACAUUAAAUUAUACUAUUAAUUAUGUUG